CAGCUCAAUAUGGCGGACAGCUCUCAAGGUAAAACGUAACUUUGUCGUCUCACUUACCUUUUCUUCAACGGGAUAAGGAGCCGAACGCUUUACGAAAAUUUAUUAGCAUGGCGUUAGUAAAAAGAGGGGAUCAGUUGAGUGUUAGUACGGUGCAACAAUCUACCACAGAAUCGAAAGGAAAAGGUCAUGUCAAAGUACUUGAUGAAGAAACUUACGUUCAGGUGAGUGUCUUUAGAAAGGUUUACACCGUCAUGUCAUUCGUUUGAAUUAUUUGACAUUCUGUUAAAUAGAUUUUUUUGUUGGGUAUCCGUAAUUACUAUAUCACUGUGCCACAAGCCUACUUUUAGAUCAUGUAAUUUAUGUGGUUAUGUUGUGUAUAUUUAUUUUAUAUUCUACAGGAUAUCUCAUCUGGGGCCUGUUUCUGGAAAGAACCAGUAAUUAUGAGCCCCCCAAAAGCUUUUUUUUUUUGUUGGAUAUGUUUUUCAUUUAUGAUCGAGAUAUCGAUAAGUUUGACAUUGAAAAAUUUAUGAUAUGAGGAAAUAAAACUGAAUUCUUUUUCAGCCAAGACCCACACUCUAGUCUUCUUUAUUUCUAAGGGCCUGAAUUGUUACUGGAAUGGAAAGAUUUCUGUCUAAUCCUGUACUAAUCUAAAAUAAAGCCUUGGGCCUAAUCUAUUUUUUUGUGAUCAUUUGCUUUUAUCAAAGAACUUUGUGCAUCAUGAAGUACACUGUAUAUUGCAGUAUGAAAAUCUUGCCACUGAGACUUUUAAAGAAAAGGACCCCCUGAUAGUAUAAUCAGUAGAGUCCAUCUGAACAUAUGACCUAUCUCAAAGGGCUUAUGUUUGAGACAUUGGCUUUGAAAUGCUUAACAGUGCUCAAUUUGCGUUAUCAACUCAGUCGAUAGUACCAAAUUACCUUAUUUCAAUUUGACAUGAAAAGGUUUCCAAUCAAUUGAGUAUGAUUUUAUGUAUAUCAGAUACACAAAAAGUUGUUUUUUUCUCUUUACAGUCUUUGAACAAAAUCAUUCAACGGGACUUCUUCCCUGAGCUUUCAAAACUCAGAGCACAGCAUGAGUACCUUGAUGCUGUUGAACAUAAUGACAUGGAGAAGUUACGCGAAAUUUCAGCCAGAUAUCAAGUGACACAAACACCAGGUGGUUCUUUGGGUGAGUACAAAUGAAAGUACUGAAUGCAAUUUUUUUUCAUGGUAAUGCACAUUUUGUUUAAGGAUCACAUGAACUAUUUUGGGCUUCAAGAUAAUUUGGUUUUAUCAACUGGGUUGAUAAUAUAAAUUGGCCUCCGUAAAGAUUUUUUAGAGCUGACGUUUUGAGUAUUAGCCUGUUCUCAGAGUGGAUAUUAAUCACAAUUCCUCUACUUGCUCUUACAAAGGGCAGAUGCUGGAAUGGUCAGCUUCAGAAACUCUUUACAGAGCUUAUUGUACAUUAUCAACUCACUCGAUAAAAGUAACUUAUGUUCUUAUACCCCCCCUGAUGCAGCACCACAUUUUCUUUUGAAACUUACCCCUUUAUUUUGAGCCUCGAUUACUAUAUCAGUUAACCCUCUAACUCUCAUGAGUGAUCAAGACAGAAUUUCUCCUUACAAUAUCAAUACAAUAUCAAGCAGACAAGUAAUAAGAAUUAUUGAAAAUAUUAAUUAGGGAAUCUUGGUUGAUCCAACAUCAAACUAACUCCAAACUAACAUCACAAGAAGUAUAUGGCAGACAGGGAGGAGAAUUACUGAUGAGAUCUUGGGGGUUAAAGAAACAAAAACAGGGGAGCAGCACAAGAGUGGACUGUUGGCUAAUAGUGAGAUGUGAUCAUCUGUCCUGGAAGUAACUGUUGUUUACUGAAAGUGACCUUUGUUUUGAACAAUAGAAAUAGUAGAAGUCAUCCUCAGAGACAGUUACUUAAUAUCUAACAAUGACUUUUCUUUCAUUUUAGAAGUGUCAGGUAUACUCUUAUCCAAACAUUCAUUACACAACACAACAGUUGUAAUGACUUUUACCGUAAGUGGCUGCAGAUGUUGUAAUAGGUGGCAGUGCCCAGAGAGGGGCUGUAAAGUGAAACCUAAUAAUGAUAGCCUGCUUCAGGCUAAGUAGAGAUUGGUUAGAGGUCUUGAAAGUGGUGGUAGACUCUGAAAGUAACAUAUUAUGGCAAAAACAGAACAUUGAUUUUCAUUAGUCCAGAUUAACUAUUUUACAGUUUGCAUGUAUUUAAAGGAGGUUGUUUCUUUUUUUACUUUCAGCUACACCAGCUACAUUUGACACUCCCAGUACUAUUCAAGGAACACCAGCACCCUCAGGUACAAUGACAUCAGAUAACAGUGAGACUAGUGGUGCUCCGACAGGAAAUCACUUAGCAGGUGACAAGUCAGAGAGUAAGAAACAGGAUUCCGACUUAUCACUAGACAAGUUUCUUGUAAAGAACACCAGUGAAGAUAAUGCUUCCUUUGAACAGAUCAUGGACACUGCUGCCCAAAAACACAGAGAAAAAUAUAAGUGGCUAUAUGAGAAAGAACUAGAACAGAAAGAGAGGAGAGAGAAAACUCUUGCUUUACCAGCUCCUGAAAAUGGUGAUCAAUUCAAAAAUGAGGAGAGACCAUCAAUGAUUGAGACAUGGAAUUACACCAACAAAAAUGCUCUGAUGUAUUACCCUGAUGGCGUUGAGCUUUCUGUUACUGAGAAAAUAGAGGGAAAGUUUAUUAAAAGACAGCAAAUACAGCAUGAAAACAGUAGAUUUAAAAGGGAUCCAUUUCCUAAUGAUUCUUGUGAUAAUAAGUUGGCUGCUGCUGCUGAAGCAGCAAGUCGUCUAGCUGCAAAACAAGGCAAAGUUGGAGUAGAUGGGCAGAUCCAAGGUGCUGGUGAAACUCCACAAGUGAAUGGGUAUGGUUUUGUUGCCACACCUUCACCUGCUCCAGGUAAUUGAAUUUUUUUUUUUUACGGAGGCUUAGCACCUUUUACCAAGGUCAUUUAUUAUAUAAAAACAAACAAAAACAAAACACCUGACAAAUAAUGAUUGAGGAAGCAAAUGAUUAACUCGAGCCAAAUCUGACUGAGAUUAUCAUGUCUUAUCAUGGUUUGGCAUAACAGCAAGCAAGUAAGUAUGUGAUAAAAGGUUUUUUUAAAGGCAAAAAUUAGAAUAUUACACAUUAUAGACAAGUUUUUGAGUUAUUGGAGAGUGAAGAUGUAGUGGAGAGAAUUUUUGACACAGGUACAGUAUGUCUCCUGUAACCAGAAAUGACUCUGUAUAGUACUUACACAAAACAACAGCCUACAAGCUGAGCUAUUUUUUUUCAGUUCUGGAAAAUUUUAGGGGGUUUGUCUUAUUGCCAAAAGUUUUUGAAAAAUGUAUCCCUUGAAUCAUCAAAAUUGAAAAUUUUCACAAAGUUUCUUAAUUGGCCUAUAGUCAACUCAUUUUCAUAAAAUGAUAAACACCUGUUCUAAAUGAAAACAGAAAAUGCUGUAUUUGUGUCUCUUGUUUUAUUAAGAGAACAAUUCUUGUGCAUAAGAAUUCCAGAAUACUUUGAUGGUACUUUGGUUUCAUGCAGGUGUAGAUGCAUCACCGCUAAUGACUUGGGGCAGCAUUGAAGGAACUCCUUUCCGAUUGGAUGGAGGUGAUACACCAAUAACUGCCACCCCUGGCCCAACCUUUAAAAUGCCAGAACCUAAAAAAAGGGACCAGUUAGGACUUGCCCUGGCUGACAAAGUCAAUAGAAAACAUCGUCAGAAAAGAAGAGAUGCUUUAGCCAGGGCAACAGCAUUGAUUGGCAGGUGGGGACAUAAUAUAGUGAAUGGUAAAAAAGCUAAACAAUUUAAGAUAGAAUAUUAUUCCUGACAGGGCCAUGCAGUGGUAUAAUUUUCUCAUUUUGCUUUAAAAAUUUACAAACCAUUUUUUUUUCUAUGUUGUUGAUUUAUUAUCAUUAUCCUCCUUUACUCUUUAACAUAUUCUCUAUACUGUUUUCCAUACCUUUCCUAAGGUGCUUUUGUGGAGAAUUUGUUUAACAAUCAAGAGCCUUUUAGAUGGUGAUCUUGUCCUUUUAUUCUUGUGAUCUUAAUGUUUGAUUAAGGGUUUAUAUUGUAAGGAGAAAUUAGAUGCUAGUCACUCUUAAAAGUUAUAGGCCUAUGGAGGUACCCUGAAACAAAUCCCUGCAUGGCAAGAAUACUAUGAUUGGAGAGCUGUGCUCUCCUGUUACUAAACAUUUUAAGCUUUGUUUUGCAGGAGUCCAAAACAUAUGAACACUGUGGAUCGUUUAGGGCAAAUGUCACCUGCUGCACAAAGGCUGGCCUCACAAAGACUUGGAAUCAGAACAGGAACUGACAAAUCAUUACGUGCAAGUUAUACACCAUCGCCAUCAUAUCCACGAUCAGCCAACUCUACCCCUGUUCAUGUUCAGCAGUCCACCCCUGCAACACCAAAGGAUCACAGUUCCACACCAACACAGAGUGCAUCACUUACAGACAACCUCCUCAAGUUGCCAAAGCACUAACAUCUUCAGUGCCUUAUGUACCAUAUCGACCCUUUACACACUUACAUCAGUAUGCAUAUCCUCCAUACUGUUCUCUUUGGAUUCCUCAUGGUACUUACAAAGAGAAUGUAACAGUCAAGAGCUUCUUGAAUUGGCUGCUGUUUCUUUUAUUUUCAUUAUACUGUUGGGAGAAAUUAGAUGCUUAUCACUCUUAGGGUGUAAAGGGUUAAUGACAGCCUGUUGUCAACAAUACCAAGUGACAGUUCAAGGAUUGUGAAAUGUUUUGAACAAAAAAUUCUAACCAGGUUUACCAGACUCCUGGGAAUUUAUCACAUUGCUACUUUUGUUUGGCCUCCCAAAACGCUUUCCUCACUUGGAAAGCAAAUAAAGGAGCCUUGCCUUUUUCAUGGGUGAGAUGUAGGAUUGAAGACAAGCUACAAGCGAUAAUGCAAACUAGUACCUUAGUUAUGAGAAAGAAGCCCAAAGUAUUUAUAAAAUGAACAUUGGAGGAAUUCAACUGAAGGCACUUUGACUGUUUGUUUGUAUUUGUUUGUAUUUGCUUUGUCCAUGUCUAUUGUGAAGUCAUCCAAAUUUAAGCAAAACCCACAAAAACUGUUUCCCCUCCUCUAAUUCCCUUCUUCAAACCUAAGAUAUUACUUAUGACUAAAAUGCAAACUUUUGACAUAUAGUGUUGAACAGCCAGCAACAAAUGGAAAAUGUGAUGGUUUGACCUCAAACCAAGUUUUUUAAUGCCUGUAACCAUGGUUGUGGUCUUAUUUUCAUCUGUAUUGUUGAAGUACUUUAAAUACAGAGUCCUCUUGCCCUGAAACUCUCAAGAUUUUAACAUAAAUACUGUG